AUGGGAGUGCUCAUGUCAAAGAAGCAUCAGGUGGAGAAGGUGCAGAAAUGCAACGCCGUCGUCUCGGCCUUCCAGGCGGGCGUUAAGGAGCGUCCAGCUCCAGCCAAACAAGCAGACGGAGAAGUGGAGGAGGGCGAAGGCCCCGACGAAUCCUCAGCCACUCCCGACGAGAAGAAGGCAGACGAAGCGGAGAAGGAAGAAACAGACAAUAACGCAGGCCCGUCGACUUCGGCCCCAGCGAGGGACGAGUGUAAGGUCAACCAGGAAGCUUGGUCGAGGUUACGUGACGGGAAAGGGGUGGAGCCUGAAGAUCUUGAUAAGAGCCAUCAGCUCACGCCGCCUGCUUUCGUUCGUCCAAAAAGGGAAGCCGAUGAUGACCAGCCUGUAGAGGUGGAGCUGCUAAAGAAAGAGCAGCCGCCAAACGAUGAGAUGUGUGAUGUGUGUGAGGUGUGGACCGCCGACGACCUGUACCCCUGCAGGAUCUGCACUCGGAUGUUCCACGACGGCUGCCUGAGGGAGCUGGGCUACCUGAGAGCCGAGGCCCUGCAGGAGAUGAGAGAUACGGCCCACACCGUUACUGGCUGGAGCUGCUACUAUUGUGAUAAUCUGAAUCUACUCCUGACAGAGGAAGAGAUGUACAGCCUCAUGGAGACCUUCAAACAGUGCAAGAUCAUCCCAGAGUCAUGCCUGGUGUCAGACGAGCUGCUGCAGUACCGCCACUUUGCAUCCAAGCAGCUGUUCGAUAAGGACCUGACUGAUGAGCAGGAGGAGGAAGUCCUGGCUCAGUUUGCAGCAAUGGAUCCCGAGAAGAAGGGUCAAAUCGAGUGGUCUGACUUCCUUUACUAUGAGUCGCUGGUAGUGUUGAAGAAGUUUCGGACAGAGAACUCAAUGGUGCGCCUGUUGACUGCCAAGGAGAGAAACAACGCCCGGUCAGUGUUCCUGGCUCUGGAUCUGGAUGAAGAUGGUGUGAUCACAAGAGCAGAAUGCCGCCAGGCCCAGCAGUCCUGGUUCCACAAGCUCAACAAAGACUCGCAGUCUUGCAAUGUGAGACUCAUGGGACUCUGCUCUCCUAUGAAUUGUGGUAUCAGUCAUGUUGGCCCCAUGAGCGAGAGCAGUCCUGCCAGCUCUGGCAGUGAACGGAGCAAGACUGAUGACAGCAGGCCAGUGACCUGGGCAGACUUUUUAAAGGAGAGUGCCAUCUACAUAGUGUCUGCGCGGCCCAAUAGUUCUGCCAUGCACAUCCGUCUGCCUCUAUAA